AUGGGGAGAGAAGCUGAAGGUCACAUGAUCAUGCUUUUCACACGUGGUGAUGAAGCUGAACGUAAUGCUCGAAAGAAGAAAGUCUCCUCGGUCGACGACUACUUAAAGCAGUGGCUCACUGGUAUGCCAGAAUGGGUGAGAGAUUUCAUCGACCGAAUUGGUGGUCGAGUAGUCUUGUUCAACAAUAUUCUGGAUGCCAAGGAGGAUCCAGUGGCUUAUCAAAAACAGCGACGACAACUGAUUCAGGUAAUUGACAAGAUGACUAACGGAAAGCCCCUCAUCAAUUCUAAAACGAAAGCUGCGAAGGGGAUUGAAGAGGCGUUGAAUAACACUGAAUACCAGUGUGAUUUAGAAAUAUUGAAGACCAAGGUACAAGAGAUUGACACCGAGUUAAAAGAUCCUAUGUUGAGCCCCAACAGGAAAAAACAACUUCAAGGGGCUAGGAGCGUGCUCGAAAAAGAAAUUACUCAGAAGGAGCAAGAAGAAAAAAGAGAGCGAGAGGAGAUCAAGAAUGAAGUUCGAAGAAAAAUCAAGAAUGAGAUAAAAGAAGAGGGAGGAUGCUAUCCUGGCUCAGCCAUCUUUAUUGACAGACAUGGCUGUAGACGACAAAUGGAUUCUCUAGACCUUGGUGACGAGGUGCAAGUCAUCAUUAACAACGAGAUCCGAGCAGAACCAGUGAUCACCUUCAUCCACCGUCAGCCAGAAGUUAUGCAAGAAUUCCUCAAGAUCACAACUGAGAAGAACAACAUCCUGACGAUCACUGAAGAUCAUUUGCUAUUUGUAGAGAAGAUUGGCAAAGCAACAGCCAUCCCUGCCAGAAAUGUGAAAGUCGGAGAUAUUCUGUACGUGAGAGCAGGCCAUAGUGUAGAGAAGGAUGCAGUUCUGACCAUCAGCAAGGUCUACGAGAAAGGUGUUUACGCCCCAGUGACCCUCAGUGGCACCAUUCUGGUCAACGAUGUGCACACCUCGUGUUACUUUGAUAUGCUGUCUCAUGAGUGGUCCCAAAAAGCCAUGGGUGUGGCUCGCGCCGUACAUUAUGUGUCCCCUUGGAUUCUGCAGUGGAUCAGUGGCGUUGGACAGAAAGAUGGAUUCCCAGGCUGGUGCAGACUGGCUCAUAAGAUGCUCACCAUGUCUGACUGAAUUCUGAUCAUAUUUUUACUACUAUGUUGAUUUGAUUUGAUCUGACUUAAUUUCACUGCUUAGUUUUUCAAUAAUUGUGUUUUUCUCAGCACAAAAAGUGAAACAAGGUUCUACAUAUGUACUAAAUAACAAGUAAUGGUACUAUGGAUUUUUAGUCAGUUUGCAAGACAAAAUAAUUAGUUGCCUUGACAAAGAUCUUUGAAGCUAGCUGCUUGCAUAACAAAGAACUUCCGUUUGUCUAGUUAGUUGUUGUGACAAAGAUUGUGUGACAAAGAGCUUUGUCGUUGGUCGUUGGUGUGACAAAAAAUUUGUAGCUGGAUGUCGUGACAAAGAACUUUGUGGUCUGUUGAGUUGCCUUGUCCAAAGAACUUUGUAGUUAGUGCGACUAUAGUUUGGGUGGCAAAUAACGAAGCUCAACCGUUUGCCUGCACGCUUUGUUUUUUUUUCUUGUGUAGUUAUAGCUAGUCUGGAAAAUUCUGUUUAGCAGUUUGCGCAACAAAAAGCUUUGUCAGUUGCAUGUAGUAAGCUUGACAAAAACAUAGGAAGUUAUUAAAUGCGGCAAAAAAGAACUUUGUUGAUACUGUGUGUGACAAAGAGCCCUCUAUUUUGGCAUGACGAAAACUUUGAAGUUAUUUGGUAACAAGAAAUUUCUGUAUAAACUGUGUGGACAACUACUUGCAGUUAGUUUGCAUCACAAAAGAACUUUGUUGUAUUUUACCGUGACAAAACAUUGGAAGUUAUGUGCUGUGAUAAUUAUAGUUAGAUUUUGAACCGUUUGGGUAGAAAAAUGAGUUUGAAAAUGAUAAAACGAAGUACUUUGUAUCAGUAAAGAUGCUUUGCAGUCAGAUGUUGUGUUGGCACGAAUUUUAAUAUAUCUUUAGGAUCUAUUUGAAAUUUGUUCAAUUCGCAUUGUUUUCAUUUGACAUUUACUCAAACGACAUUUAUUCAUAUUUGAUUAACUCAGUGAGUAUUCCAUUCGUCCAGGAAUUUCCCCUGCCAUCGAUAGAACUGAUUAUGACGGGACGUAUUCCCUGAUAUUCUUUCAGUACUUCGGUUUGCUUGUAGAAGAGGAUUUUCCAAUUCCUAUUAUUAUGGGUUCGUUUUUGGGCAAUAAAAUAUAUCAAUAGUAUUUACUAAACCUUGGUAGUGAGCAAACAAUUGUUAAGGGAUCGUUUUAGGGACUCGUGAAAAUUAUCAAAGGGUUAAUAAACCACCAAGAAAAGAAAUAGUUCUUUUAAGAAAAGUUCGGAGCUUCGUUCUAUGUUGAUGAAAGCGACAAUCAAAGGUUAAACGAAAAGAAAACAUCGGAAAAAAAGCUAAUAGCUUUUGAAAGAAACUCGUUUGUGGUUUAUUUACUUUUAGGCCCAGUUGAGACGUCGUGCUUCUGCUGUGCCGAACUAAAUUGCAAUUUGGUUCAACUGUAGCACGGCAGGAAAUCAACUCUGAUUCAGACGUCGCGCCAGAGUCGAAUCAAAUCCAGGGUUUACUGAAGCCUCGUAACAAUUCUCCUCCUAACUCCCCGAGGGAACGAAAUCUCGCCAAAACACAUUGACAUAAUUURUGWAUUUAGUUUGGCGCGACAGAAGCACGACGUUUGAAUCGCUGCCGUGCCAGAGUCGUGUAGCACGGCAGAGCUUGUCG